ACAAAACAAAAAAUCCAGGGGUAGAAUGGUGACCAGCAUGAAAGCCAACCAUGAUGCUGAGUGCCCCCUAGAGCAGUUCUUACAGGGGAAAUGGCUAGUGGAUUGCCGUUUCCCCCUCAUUCCUGCAUCAGAGCUUCACCAGCCUGUCCCCAAGAAGCGUACUAGGGUCACAACAGACUGGGAAGAGGAAGAAGAUGAAAUCCCUGAGAAGAAUCACAAAAUGGAAAAGGAGGAGGAGGAGAGGGAGGAAGAGAGAACAAUAAACACCAAAAAAAAUGCAGGGAUUCCUAAAAUUAUCAUAAAAUAUCAAGAAAAGGGAGGAGCUGAGAAUGUGAAGGUCCUUGGUGAAUACAAUAAGAAUACUGGGAGCAAGGGCCCUGAGACAAACCCCACACUUGUUCUGAAGCUGAGCAAGAAGACAAGUGCCAAGGACUCCCAUAUGGAAAGCAAGGAGAACUCUAAAGGCAUACCCAAAGCCUUGAAGAGGAAGAGUAAGGAUCAGGAAGAAAUCAGCCCCAAAAAGACCUCAAGAAGCUCAUCCUCAUCACCUCAACCUCCAGUCAAAGGGAAAGGGCAGCAGAAAAGGAUUGAGAGUGAGAACGAAGAAGGGGCCAGAGGAAUGAUGUCAGAGGGUACAGAACUGAAGGCUGAGAGGAAAGGAAGGCCAAAGAAAAGCAAGAAGAAGAAGCAAAAAGAAGUAGAAGUAAUGACUGCAUCUGAAUCAUUAGGUCAUGCCAUUAAAAGAGGGAGGCCAAGGAAAAGUAUGAAGUCUGAGGAUGAUGGAGGAGAAUCAACUGCAUCUGAGUCACUGGAUCAUACUGGCAAGAGCGGAGGCAAUCCAAAGAAGAGUAUGAAGGAUAAUGAGGAAGGAGGAGAAACAAUUGCAUUUCAGUCAAUGUAUGACACUGUCAAGAGAAGAGGCAGGCCAAAGAAGAGUAUGAAGUCUGAGGAGCAGGGAGGAGAAUUGACUGCAACUGAGUCACCGGAUCACACUGUUAAGAGAAAAGGCAGGCCAAGGAAGAAUACAAAGUCUGAGGAGGAGGAUGGAGAAACAACUUCGUCUGAAUCACUGGAUCGCACUGUCAAGAGAAGAGGCAGGCCAAGGAAGAGUAUGAAGCCUAAGGAAGAUGGAGGAGAAUCGACUGCAUCCGAGUCCCUGGAUCACACUAUCAAGAGAAGAGGCAGGCCAAGGAAGAGUGUGAAGUCUGAUGUGGAGGGAGGAGAAUCGACUGCAUCUGAGUCACUGGAUCGCACUGUCAAGAGAAAAGGCAGGCCAAGGAAGAAUACAAAGUCUGAGGAGGAUGAAGGAGAAUUGACUACAUCUGAGUCACUGGAUUGCACUGUCAAGAGAAGAGGCAGGCCAAGGAAGAGUACAAAGUCUGAGGAAGAUGGAGGAGAAUCAACUACAUCCGAGUCCCAGGAUCGCACUGUCAAGAGAAAAGGCAGGCCGAGGAAGAGUACGAAGUCUGAGGAAGAUGGAGGAGAAUCGACUGCAUCUGAGCCGUUGGAUCAAACUGUCAAGAAAAGAGGCAGGCCAAGGAAGAGUAAGAAGGAUGAGAAGGAUGGAGGAGAAACAAAUUCAUCCGAAUCACAAGACCUAAUACCGAAAGGAAGAGAAAAGCCAAAGGGGGCAAGAGAAGGAGAAGAAAUGACUUCAUCUGAUUCAGUAGAACCACAUGUCAAGAAGAGAGGCAGACCUAUAAAGAAGGACGGGAAUAAAGUUAGAACAACUUCUGAAUCCCCAGAAGCACCCAUCAAGAGGAGAGGCAGACCAAAGAAGACCGUAGAGAAGGGAGACAAGAAUGACAAGAAAACAACCUCCAAGCCCAAAGUACAGCGAGGCCCAGGAAGACCCUGCAAAAACCCACUGCAGGCUCCAAGGACAGGGAACCCCAGUGUGCAGGAGCCCCAGGCAGUGGCCUACUCCCAUUCCGGGCGGCCUAUCUCGGGAAACAAAAUGGUCGAACUGGACGAAUCAGAACAGGUUAGCUCCGAGGAUGAGUCCUGGAUUAACUCCAAAGAAAACAAGAUGAAAACAAAGAAGCAAGCAAAGGUGAAGGCAAAAACUGAAGAGGGGAGGAAGGAGACGAAGGAAGUGAAAAAGAGGGGAAGGAAGAGGAAAGAUGAGGUUAAUGCAGGUAAAGAGAAGAAGGAGCAGGAAGAAGAGGUGCUGAAAGCAGAAGACUGCAUAGUGACUGCAAAACGAGGGACACUGAAAUACCUGCACCAGAGAGAGAAGUAUGUGAAAGCACUGGCCAAUGAAGUACAGAUAGAGGAUGACUUCUUUGCAAGCAAGGCCCCUGUCAAGAAGAAUAUGCUGGAAAACUUGCUGUUCUCUGGCUCCCCAGAUGACAGUCUGACCAUCAAGACUCCCCAGGGCAAGGGCAAGAAGGUCAGCAGCAACAUCAUCACCCCGCGCACCAUGAAGCUGGGUCAGUGGGCCAGCGAGAGCCCCUGGAGUGAACCCAUCACGCCCUCCACAGGGACCUCCCCACUGCAGCCAGCUGACAAAAAGGAGGCUCUGGACGUGAUCUACCAGCACAUGAAGGGGCGCAAGAGGUGGCCGCAGCCCAUAAGGAAGGUGCUCAGUGAGAGUUCGUCCCAGUCUAUGCUGGAUGUUACUGCCACCAAACGAAAACUAGAGCCCUUGGAG